CACUUCAGCUCAAACCUUCGCCGCCACCAUGCCACCCUUGAAACGCCCCGCUGCUGCCAUGGCAAGCGGCGGCUCGCAAUAUCGCGUGGUCUGUCUGAAGGAUCUGGACUCUUCGGGGGAUACGGACGCCCAUUCGCGGGAGUGGGAGGUGGUGUAUCCAGCAGAGGACCGCAUCAUCAGGUUGUUUGAUGACUUGGAGUUAAAGCAGAUCUCCAUGCCGCGCAACUUCUUCUGGGACGAGGAGAACACGGAAGACGACCAGCACCUCCUGAACGUUCGCAAGGACUGGAGCGAUCUGCAACACCAGACCUAUCGCGGCCUGGCGUCGCUAGCUGAACGCCUCCUGCAGGGUGGUGAAACGUUGUCGCAGCGAGCGGGUCGUGGCCUCUUCGAAGUUCUCCCUGGGAUCUUGACAGUGCGAAGUAGCUUCACGCUGAGCUUCUGCAAGCACGGUGCUCGCAGCUGCCAAGUGCAGUCCUGGAAUCCGGAACGUGCGACCUGUCAAUGCGACAUUUUCUGCUUGGUGGCCAAGAGCAGUGCGAAGGAGUUGAUGGUGAUCAAUCAGAAGCUUCGAGCCAAGUGAAUGCCGAGGUCGCAUUUUUGUUGGAUGGUAAAAGACUUGGGGGAUUCCUGUUGCAAAAUGUCGGACAUUACAAAAUGAGUUACCCUUUGGUAAACUAACA